GCCAAAGAGCUGGAAGUAAGAGCAGAUCCCUAACCAUGAGCACCAGCCAACCAGGGGUCUGCCCAUGCCAGGGAGCUGCAAGCCGCCCCGCCAUUCUCUACGCACUUCUGAGCUCCAGCCUCAGGGCUGUCCCCCGACCCCGUAGCCGCUGCCUAUGUAGGCAGCACCGGCCCGUCCAGCUAUGUGCACCUCAUCGCACCUGCCGGGAGGCCUUGGAUGUUCUGGCCAAGACAGUGGCCUUCCUCAGGAACCUGCCAUCCUUCUGGCAGCUGCCUCCCCAGGACCAGCGGCAGCUGCUGCAGGGUUGCUGGGGCCCCCUCUUCCUGCUUGGGUUGGCCCAAGAUGCUGUGACCUUUGAGGUGGCUGAGGCCCCGGUGCCCAGUAUACUCAAGAAGAUUCUGCUGGAGGAGCCCAGCAGCAGUGGAGGCAGUGGCCAGCUGCCGAACAGACCCCAGCCCUCCCUGGCUGCGGUGCAGUGGCUUCAAUGCUGUCUGGAGUCCUUCUGGAGCCUGGAGCUUAGCCCCAAGGAAUAUGCCUGCCUGAAAGGGACCAUCCUCUUCAACCCCGAUGUGCCAGGCCUCCAAGCUGCCUCCCACAUUGGGCACCUGCAGCAGGAGGCUCACUGGGCACUGUGUGAAGUCCUGGAACCCUGGUGCCCAGCAGCUCAAGGCCGCCUGGCCCGUGUCCUCCUCACGGCCUCCACCCUCAAGUCCAUUCCGACCAGCCUGCUUGGGGACCUCUUCUUUCGCCCUAUCAUUGGAGAUGUUGACAUCGCUGGCCUUCUUGGGGACAUGCUUUUGCUCAGGUGA